AUGACUUGGCUAGACGAAGUAGAGAAGGCUUUUGCAGCCAAUUUAAUCAAUGAUAACCGAAAAAUUGCCAUUGUUGUUCCCCAUCUGAAAGGUUUUCGUUCCACUUUCAUCAGCCAUUUUCAUACCCUCACGUUAGAAGGGAAGUGGUUUGCCCAGCUUGCUACCCGCAAGCAACAAUUAAAUGAAGAUGUCGAUGCCUACUAUACUUCGAUUCAGAAGCUUCUUAGACAGGUUGAAUCUGGGGGUCAUCAGUACCCAGAAACAGCUAAGUCCCAAAUUUUUCUUAAUGCCGUUGCUCCCUCCACCCCAAACACUCUUCAAGCCACUUAUGAACGUGCUAAUUCAUAUGAGAGUGCCUGCCGUCAAAGUCUUCCUUAUCUUCCCACUUCAUUAAGUGCCUUGUAUUUGGCAUAUUCCACCCGAUCCUCUUUCAUUAGAAUCCAACCCCCGGUACUUACCUCUGAGUCGGCAAUCGAAAAGUUGACUGAGGCUUUAAAUCUACCUCCUGUUCAAGCCUCUGCUAAUCCUCCUUUCCAUUCACCGCCGCCCAUACCUGUAAAUCUAGGACCUAAUGAUGCACCUGAGAAUUGGCAGCAAGAGAUCCUCCAGGCUUUGUUAGCCUUGGCUGCUAGUUUAAAUCCUGCUAGGGGUCAAAAUAAUCACCACACUUAUGUCAGUAUCUUCGCGGAGGACGUUCCCUUAUUUGUUGCAGCUAAACAGGACCUUCAGCGACUUAUUCAGCCCUCUAGGGAUUGUCAACGUAGAGAAAUUCUUGUUCCUCCCCCUAAUUUAGAUAAUCUACCCCCGUUAGUUUAUUAUGACCCCGACUCAGAUAGUUCUAGUGAAGAUGAGUGGUAUUCUUACCAGGAUUUUAGCACAUCAAAAGUGAAGACGGAUGAUUUUGACUCUGAUGCCAAUGAUGAGAUUGACGAAGAAAACCGAAGGCCGAAAAUAAAGAAAGGAAAGAAUAAACCUGUUAAUGUCAAAUGUUAUUAUGAUGAAGUGAAAAAUGCUUACCUUAAGGAAGAAACUAUCAAGCCUGACCCCCGUGGAGGUAUUGUUGAUGCCCCUGCCAUUGAAUCCCCAUUA